AGAUUUUCCAGACUGCAAUAUUUGGGAAAGUUUAACUGCAAUCGAUCAUCCUAGUAAAAAAUGCUAUGAGACUCAACUUAAAAAUCUGAAUGCGUUAUCAAUUCAUAACCUUUGGCUUGAACAUUUAUGGUUAAAUUAUAUAAUAUUGUCUGCACGCGUUGUUUUGUGGCUCUCUGCUUUUACACAUUAAUGCUUGUACAUCGUAUUCUUUAUUACAUGGAUUAUUAUGAAACUUUUAACGAAGAUGAAAGAUCAUGUGAUUACGUUUCUGAUAUAAUGGUAAAACGACUUGUUGUUAGCGUUAUUAUUUAUUUGUUAGGACACAUUAGUGGUGGUCUCAUUCUGGGUAAAUAUAAUGGCCAUGAAUCAUCUUCCGUUAGUGAUAUCAUUUCAUAGUUUUUAUUAUUAAAAUAAGUCUAUGGUUGAUUGCUUUAGAUUUUUUCUUUUAUUGUUAUCAUCGUGCAUGUCACACUAUUUCUUUCUUAUGAAAAAUUCAUAGCUUUUACAUCAUCGUAGCAAACAUCCUACAUCGAUAUAAUCGAUUUUAGCUAGUAAUAAUUCUACGAUCGUUCUAUCAUACAAAGAAUUGUUUCACAGAGGUAGCUACAGAGACGCUAGUAGAUCUCUGAGAUAAAUCAAUGUUUUGCAAAUAUUCUUUUAUCCUUUCAUAUUCGCAUAUGUACAUUUACAGGGUGAUUCAAAAGUCAGUUUACCGACAAAAAAUUGAAUAUCUCCGUUACGGCUCAGGCAAAUGAGUUGAUUUUUUAUCAAUUCAAGAAGCAUAUUCAAAGUUUAUAUCCAUAAAGACAUGCCCAGAGAAAUUCUUUGUUAAGGCCCCCCUCAGAAAAUCGAUUUUUUUCAAACAAUAUCGAAAUUGAGUUUUUACCACAGGAAGAUAGAGCGAAGCUUCCUCUUUCAGAAUAUAUAUAUAGAUUUUUAGAAAAUGAUCAGUUUUUCAAAGAUUUGUCAGAUUAGACUUUAACUUCCCUACCAUAUUUUCUGAGAAAUUUUCAUGGUUUUUUUAAAGUUUUUUAGUUUUGGAAAAACUCCGUUACUAGUUCAAUUAUCAUUGAAUAGAACAUUUUCAUAUUAAGCCGCAUGUCAGAUGGCAUUAGUUUUACUGGAUCUUUUACGCGCCUUAAAAUAGUUUUAGAAAAUUAUUCCGAAAUAUCUCAUUUUAAUAUCAGUUUUUUGAAUUUGACCGAAAAAAAAACGACUUCUAAAACUUCUUUAAGCUUUUUCUCAGAAGAUGAUUUUCAAUCAGAAAAAUUCGAACUCCUCCCUCAUUUUUCGAGCUAUUGCCAAUACUUUUUUGUUUUUGUUUUAAAGGUCUUGAUCAGAGUAAACUUUUGUCCGAACGGGUUUUUGAAAGUUGGUUCCUGGCCUGAGAAAAGUGGAAUUUACUGUCGUUGAACUACCAUUUUUUAUGCUAAUUUUGAGAGUCUCGCACUAAAACACUCAUAAAAAAUAACUAGGAUGGAAUAUGAAAAUUCUCUUCGGAUAAAAGUUUCGUACUGACAUCUUUUUUAAUUUGAAACCAGCCCGAGCUCUCGAACUCUUCUUAUGACGCAUUUAUAUCAAUUCUUCUAAAGGGCAAAAAUGACCCAUCAAUCAGCUGGAAAUCUUGUCUAGUAUGAUCAAUCGAGCUGAAAUUUUUCCUAGGAGCGUAUCUAUCCAAGAUCAGUCAUCCCUGAAACGUUUCACCAUGAAAAGACCAUUAAAAGUGGAAAAUCGUUUCUGAGAAACCCCCUUAAUUAUCAAAAUAAUCAUAGACCACAUGCGUUUCAAAAACAAAAAUUUGAUAAAUGUCUCUUAUUAAAUGUUUAUCUUAUAUUGGAAAUAGAUUAUUUUCCAGAAAGAAUAGAACAAGUCUAUUAACUUUUCUAAAUAAAUAAAGAGAAUGAAAAAUGUUGGAAUUUAUUGUAGAAACAGAGAAAAAAAGCACAUAGAUCAUUAUUUUCUUAAUUUAUAUCUCAAUAAUACGAAACCACAUGUGUGUGAGUCAUCAAAUAAAUAUCGAAUACACUACGAGGAACCACAUCUCAUUUGAGUGAAAUCGAAAAAAAAGCAAAAAACAAAAAAAAACUCACUGAAAUCUAUUAAAUGACAAGACAUAUUUAAUGAUAUAUUUAACUUGCACUAAAAUUCCGUUUUACGUAAACGAUGUUGCUACUCUAGAGUCAAUGUGACUAUAGUUGAACCAAUAUUCUAUGAAUGAAGAUGCCCUAUAAUAGGAAGUUAAUCAAUUAACUUCUCUCGUUUAUUCUUAUUUGAAGAUAUGUUAUAUGAAUAACUAUUCUUCGAUUCAAUCAUUUUGAUUUUAUUCGAAAAAUUGAAGAGAAAAAAAAAACCAACGUAAAUAACUAAUCAUUUAUUUCUAUGGUAUCAUUUAAUUAUCUUUGAAUAUUUUUUAUUUAUUUUCACAUUUCUAAACAAAACCAAAACUAGAUCACUGAUGCAAUUCUACCUUUACUUUUAUUUUAUUUCAAUUUAUUUUUAGAUAUUUAUAUAAUAGAAAAGACUAUUUUAUGAUAAACUAGUUUGUUUUGCAAGUUCUUAUUAUAAAAAAAAAAAACAAAAUGAUAGAAAGACAUAAACUAUCAACACCGAUUUCCAUCGUCGAGUGAAGACUAACCUACUAUUUUUAUAUAUAAAAAUUUAUUAUAAAAACAAAUCUAUCCAAGGAACGAGUGAAAUAAAUAACCUAUUGAAUAAAUAAUUAAAAAAAAUUUAUUUUCUAGAUAAAAGACAUAAACGAUUUGUUUUUAUUUUAUUCCUAUAAAGGAUAUCUACUCUUAUUUAAACUAGAUAGAUUCAUCUCAUUUUCAAAUAAAAUUAUCUUUAAAACGGUAACAUAUUAUAUGACAUAACACCAAGAAAGAUAUAUAAAAGAAGAUUUAUUUAGAAUUGAUUUCAUUUCUAAUCGAGAUAUAAACAGAUAUUUUAUCAAUAAACGAUAGAUAUUGAACAUUUAUCAUUAAAAUCACAAAACGACUCUUCUCUAUUCAAUAUUAUUAUUAUUCGACUAUAUUUAAUAUAAUCAUCACUCAAUCAUCUUAAUAGAUUAGAUUUCCUUAGAUUAUUCAAAUCAUCUUUUUAACCAAAGAAAAAAAUCGAAACAAUAUUGAGAAAACUUUCAAGAAUUAUUAUUGAAAUAAAAAGAUAAAAUAGAACUAUCCUCUUAAACGAUGAUCGACAAAUCUAACAUUUUCAAUCUCUCACUCUUCUUCUUUAUUUAUUCAAUUCGUUUAUUUUUCGAUAUCUACUAGAAAUAUAUUAAUAAAAGAAAAAUCUUAUCUAUUUCCGAGUUAUUUUCGUCUAAAUAGAUUCGAUCAUCAUCAUAAACCUAUUAAAAAUAAAAUAAUCUACUCGCAUUUAUUUAACCUUGAACGUUAACCGAGUGAGUUGACAUUUUGAUAAAGAUAUAUCGUUUAUCAAUAAUAGCUAUAACAGAAUGAACAUCUCAGUCAAUAUAAUUAGAUUCAUUUUUCGAGUAAUUUAUAGAUCAUUUCAAAUUCUUUUUUUUUUUUUUUUUUUUUUUUAUCCAAUUCGGAUGAGAAGUUCGAAAUGGGAAAAUAGAAAAUCGAUUUUAUGUUCAAUAAAUAGAGAAAAUUACUCCUAGACAUUUUUUUAUCAGGCUUAUCAACAAAAAUCUUCAUUUUCUCAUUAUGCUUCAUUCUUUCUAUUGUUAAUUGAUCAAAUAAGUGUGUUUUUCUUCAGAUAGAAAGUUAGAUCAACAUGAGAUGAACAUUUUCUUUUCAGAAAAACUCCUUCUAGAUAGAGGAUAUUCUAGAUGAUUAUUAAACCAUAAUAAAAGAUAUAUUCUCCUCUCAUUGUUACUUUUCGCAAAAUCUAAAAGGUCAAUAUCAUAAUAAAGAUUUAAUACAAUAACAAAAGAAAUUGUUCCCAUCUGAGGGUUGACUUACGAAAUGAGUAGAGAGAUAUUUAAUACCCACAACCUUAAUUCUAUUCAUAAUCAAUCUUGUCAAACAAUCAACUUAUUCAUAAGAUUAGCAGUUAAAUAUCACUCUAAGAAUAAAAUAUCGAAACGAUCCGCAUUAGAAGAGAUUUUUUCUUCGAUUUACAACUUGAACAAAAUGACUGAAAAUCGUCUUUCACUAGAUACUUAUGUUUUCGUAUAGGAAAUAGUCCCUUUUAUAGAAAAAUCUUUUAGAUUUAUUUAUUUAUAAAUAACUUGUUGAAUGAUCUUUACUUUUUAUGAAAGAAUUAAUCUAGUCAAAUGUCAAGAUCAGAAUAACAAAUAGAAAAUACUGAAUCAGAAUUGUUCGUCACUCUAUUGAGAACUCUUAGAAUAAAAUAACUCUGACCAAUAAAGAAAACUUUAUUCUUACACUCACUCUUUGAUUUUUCUUUUAUUAUUACAAAAAAUAAUAGUAAAACAGCUGCUUCACAAUUGUUCACUUUUCCGAGCAACGAAACGGUGAGAUAAAAACAUUCAACCUCAUUUUCGAACUCCUCACACGCAAUAACUUACAGGUAACUCUCAUCAAUGUGAUAGAAAACGGGAAUUAUAUAAAGACUUGUUUAAUAAACAUCUAAUAAACAACUAUUCGAUUUUGAUUUAGAAUUAUAUUUAUAAAUUCUAUUUAUAUUAAUAUAAAUCUAUACUCUUAAAUAACAUUUUCAUAAUCCGAAUUUUGAUUAUGAACAUUUUAUAUUGAUUUCAAUAAAAUCAACUCCUUUCUCAUAUGACUAAUAGAAAAAAAACCCGUAUAGAUAAAUACGAAAGAAGGUACCUUAUUAAAAUAUUCGAGCCAUUUGAGAUUUGAUUGGCAUGUUGUAGAGAUAAUCUAUAAUAAAUGUGGAAACCUCGGAUUUAAAUCCGAGAGUUAUGUGUACUGAAGAAAAGUGAAUGAGACAAAUCGAUCAUCCUAGUAUGUGCGGAUAUAAAAAUUAGCCUGGCAAAUCCUUUCUAUAAACACUUGAAUUCUAUUGGUUACUGCUCAACCAAUAGGAUUUCAGGGUGAAUACAGCUUAGAUUUGGACUCUUCGCCUUGAGUUAUCCUAAGAAAUGCAUUUUUCCUAUAACUUGAUUUCUAUUGGUCAAUGCUCAACCAAUGGGGCUUCGAGUCAAGUGAAUUACAGAUUCAAGUUCUCCAUCCCAGAAAACCUCGAAGUAUCAUCUGUGUGAUCGGAAGAUAGAGCUCGAUUUGUGGACCAAUUAGAGCGCAGACAAAAACAGAACCGAUUUCGGUUUAUUUAUCUUUGCAAUAGGUGAGCUAGCCUUCUUGUUUCUUUAUGUUUUAUAUACCAUUUUGUAGCUCUUGAAAUUCUCUAUCGAAUGGUAUAUAAUAGUUGGGGUUUCAUUUGACAACGAUAGGGAAAGUGUUUUACGAAAGUGGCAAUAGGUCGAUUUUCCUAUAGAAAGCCAUAGGGAAAAAUGAGUAUUUUUGCAAUAACUCGGGAAUGGCUCGGCAAUUCUUCUCAUCUUCGAACUCGACCCAGAUAUUGUUGAGACUAAACUGUGUAGAAAAUUUCAUUGCGAUCGGACUCUCCUUUCAAAAGUUAUCGUGUAAACGGACGGCCGGCCGGACGGACACACUGACCGAUUCGUCGAGUGUACUCACUUUUUGAGUACACAAAAAACCUUUUUCUUAUUGAAAACUUAAUUUCAUUAAUUAAUAAUCUUUAUUUUUAGAAUGAACAUAAUACAAUGGUUGAAGGUUAUACACUUUUAAAAUCUAUUGAAACAUUACAAAAUGAAUUAAAAACAAUAAAUACAGAUGAUAAUAAUAAAAUUCUCAAUGAACUUAUUGAACAAUAUCAUGAACAAUUAAAAAAUUGUAAUUCAUCUUUAGUUGAAAUUAUAUCUAUCUGAUAAGACAAAUACAAAUAAAUAUAAAUACAUUUGAUGAUAGUUGUCAAGAAAUUGAACAUACAAUAAAACAACAAUGUAUUUUAUUUAAACAAUUUAUUGAUAAUAAUCAUAAUAUUUUACCUGAUAAUUUAAAUCAACAAAUACAAAUAUUAAAAAAUUUACAACAUGAAAUUGAAACAAAAACAAAUUCAAUGAUUGAAACAUUACAACAAACAACAAAAGAAACACCAAUUAAUGAAACGAAAAUUGAUUAUUUAAUAAAUGAUAAUCAACAAUUAAAAUUAGCAAUUCUUAACAUAAAACAUUCAUCAGAAUCAAUAUUCAAAUCUUUUGAUACAAUAUCAACAAUUGGUCAUGGUCUACUUGAUAAUUAUUCUCAAUAUACACAAUUAUGUCGUUCAAUUCAAUCACCACUUGAUAUAAAUCAACAAAAUCGUCAAACAUUUGAAUAUGCUAUGAAAAAUACAGAAGAAAUAAAUACAUAUAUUGAAACUAUUUAUAUAAAACUUAAAUCAAUUAUGUCGAAUGCAGAUUAUCGACAUUUAUCUACUUUAAAUGUUAUUCAACAACAUUUACAAAUUAUUUCUAAUCAAAGUCAAUAUCAACGAGAAAAAAUUCGUCCAAUACUUGUUAAAAAACAAGCUCAAAAUGAAUUAGUUGAAUCUUCAAUAAAUUGGUUACAAGAUACUAUGAAACAUUUAUCUAUAAUUUCAAUUGAACCAAUAUCUAUUCAAUAUGAUCAAACAUUAACCCUUUCAGUCCCGUCGGGACUGAAAGGGUUAAAUCGUUUAAAUGAUUUAUCAAAUGAAAUUCAAUUAAAAUUAUUACAAAUUCAAGAAAUAAAUUUAAUAAAAAAUAAUAAUAAUCCUUUAUUUGAACAAAAUCGUUUAAAAUUAAUCAUAGAUUUAGAAAAUACAAAAGAAACUAUUAAUAAUUUAAUAAAUAAUCGUCAACAAAUACAAAUAACUGUUCAAAUACUUGAUCAAGCAGUUUUAUUAAUUAAUCAAAAUAUUAAAAUUCUUCGAACAAAUCUUGAACAUUAUCAAUUAUCAAAUAAUAAUAUAGAAGAACUUCAAAGAUUAACUAAUACUUAUAUAAAACAACGUUUAAUUCAUUUUGAAAAAUUAUCAAUUGAACAUCAAAAUGAAUAUAAAAAUUUCGAAAAAAAUCUUCAAUUAUUUCUAUUAAAUAUAAAUAGAUUUAAACAAACAUUACAAAUACGUUUAAUGCAAAUAACAAUUGAUGAUAUGAAAAUAAUUUAUAUAAUAACACCGCAAUUGUGGUGUUCUGCUGCCAACUAA